CCCCUCCUCCUCCUCCUCCUCCUCCUCCUCCUCCUUCUCCUCCUCCUCCUCGCCAAGCAUGGCGCCUGCCGCGGCGCAGCGGCGCUUCCUCGUCGCCACGGCCUUCGACACGCGCUACGAGGUCGGCUACCUGUGCUCCACCGUGAACGAGGCCUACUGCCAGAAGCAUGGCUACGAGUUCCGGCGGGUGCUGCCGGCGCCGGAGGACAUGGCCGCCCUGGCGGGCGGCAGGCACAGCGCCUGGGCAAAGGUCGCGCUGAUGCUCCACCUGCUGGGCGGCGACGUGCCCGAGGGCGCGCGGCGCAUCGCGGGACCCGCGGCCGCGGAGGGCGUGGAGUACGUCGUCUGGGUGGACGCGGACGCCAUGUUCCUCGACCACGACAGGAGGCUCGAGCACUACGUGGAUGCCGCGCACGGCGCGGACUUCGUGAUCGGGGAGGACAUGGCCGACACCGACCUGCUGAACACUGGCCUGUUCCUCUGCCGCGCCGGCUGCGCGUGGGCCCGGGAGCUGCUGGCGAGGUGGUGGAGGGACAGCGAUCCCAGGUGGCACCACGAGGUCUGCUGGGACCAGACGGGUCUCUGCCGCCUGUUGGAGGAGGAGGACGGGCUCGGCAAGGUUCCGCCGUGGUUCAGUUGGAGCGGAGGCACCCGACGAAAAGCAUGCGGCGGCCACACGUUCGUCUUCGACUGCGGCUCCUUCAACUUCAAAUACGUCAACAACAGCGGCUUCGUUUUCCACGCGGUGGGUGAGAGGGAGCUCCUCUUCUCGUUCUCGAGGUCCCUGUCCACGAAGCGCGAGAGGAUCUACGGCGCCGUGCAGGAGGGAUUCGUGAGCGGAGGCGUGGACUUCGAGCGGCAAGGCACCCCAGGCAGCGGCCCUUCGCGCGGGAGCGCCCACGACGCGCUGCGCGACGCCCACCUCUUCUGGCAGAAGUUCGGCGUCGGGCGGCGGGGGGCCGAGGGACGCCACCCGCCCCUCUGCUGGGCGCCGCCGCCGCCGCCGCUGCCAGCUUCAGCUGGCGCCGCACCGGAGUGCAACGCCGCCGCCGCCGGUCCCAGCGGGGUCGCGGAGGCGAUGCGGCACCACUUCGCGGGGGGCGCGUCCCCGCUCGUGCUCCGGGGCGGCGCGGGCCUGCUCGUCGGGGAGGAGGCGCGGCGCGCCGCGGAGCCGCGGGAGCUGGCGCGGCGGCUCGGCGGCGCGAGCCUGGUGCUGCGCUGCUGCGCCCCCCCGCGUGCCACGGACGUGGUCGGCGGGCGCCCCGCGCACACCGCACAGGUGGCGGGCAAG